CUCGGCCCAGCUGUUUCGAUAGGUCCAGAAAACCACGGCGAAAAAGGCGAGACCUCUCGCGAGACCUCCUCCACGGAGGCUGCCAUCUUGAGUUCUCUUCGCCGGGAGGGUCACAGGGACGGAGAGGGCGGCGGCAACAGCGGCAGCCGCGAUGUUGUCUCGUUUGGCCGUGCGCGCCCUGGGUAAAGCGGGGGCUGCAGGGCGGGCGGACGGCCGGGCUGUUGGGUUUCGGGGGGCUGUGCUUUGACUCUCUUGUUCUUGCCUCCCGCAGCCCCGGCUGGUGGCCUGAAGAGCUUGGCGCCCGCUCUGCCCGUGGGGUGAGUGAAUGCAGGUCGUGAGGAGGGUGGCCUUGGAAUAGGAAGAAGAGGGGGAGGAAGCCGCUGCUUUUCUCCGGGAAAAGCACGGGGAAUAAAGAGGAGGUUAGGCUCCUAGAGGAGGCCGCAGCGACGCAGGUCGUCGUAAAGACUCGCAGGGGUUAUGCAGGUUAGGAACGGGAAGCCAGGCCACAAGAAGCGGAAAGGUGCAACUCAAUGAUAUUGGUAAAAUGCAGUGGUGGCGAACCUUUUAGAGACCGAGUGCCCAUACUGCAACCCAAAACCCACUUAUUUAUCACAAAGUGCCAACUCGGCAAUUUAACCUGGAUACUGAGGUUUUAGUUUAGGAAAAAAACACAACUCAUACAUUAGGGCUAAUGUAACCCUUUCCGCUGAUAUAUAAUUUUAUGGUAUAACUCCGUGCCUUUUUUUUCUAAAGAAAAAAUGUUUAGGGAUACUCUCAUUUUGACUCAAGAAAAUCACCAUCAGGAAAAAUAAAUUCAGUUCUGAUUGGGGAAAAUAAAUACAGUGAAUUUCUUCUUCUGUUAAAUUUACAAAAUGUUUAUGGGUAUGUGUCCCCACAGAAAAAAAAGCACUGGUAUUACUCCAAAAAAAGUAGUGUUAUGCGCCAUCAGGCCACUAGUGUACACUGGAGGGCUGUACUAAGAGCCACUCUCUGUCCCAAUUUUUAAUAUGGGAUAAUAUUGAUUGUUUGUGUGCGCACAUACAAAUAAAUAUAAACAGAUAAAUAAUCCCAGCCAGAUGGGUAGAGUAUAAAUAAUGUAUUACCAUAUUUGGGGAUUCCAUAUUAAGAAAAUGGGGGGAGAUUGCCAAGAGUUUUUGAGCUUUUGGGAGGGGUUGCUUACAGUUGCUCAAGUCGCCGAACACACCUAUCGUUUCCACACUCACCGCUGGCAGCCACAAAUCGACCACCAAAUUGCUACAAUGACAGCCAAUAGAAAACAGUCCUUGACACAGCCGCCAAUCAUCUGCACCAUCGCUGCAGAGAAUCUCCUGCUUGCAUCUUUCAGGAGCCCCAAAGAGUGGUGCUUCUCCCUCCCAGCCUGGAGCAGGAGGUGUGGCAGGCGAGUCGUGGGCGUGUCCCUUCUUGUGUGCUCGCUCUUGCCCAGAGACCUGUUGCUUCCCUGCUCCCCUCCCCACCUUCCGUGCCAGCUGAUUGGCGGGCGCGCAACUCCCCGAUGCUCUAGGGAGCAUUUACCGUCCGCAGUGGCUUGGGUUCUCCAGUGCCAAGAUAGGAGUAAGAUCUGAUUUCUUUUGGUCAGUUUAGGGGAAGCCUCCAUCUCCUGAAUAGGUGGAUCAUCCUGAAGACUGUUGAGUUCUUCUAAAAGCCUUGAGUAAUUUGGUUACGUUGCCUCUAUAGCUGAAGGAGCGUCUCCACCCUCAGCGUUCAGCCCAGACACUUGAGAUCCAGCUCUGAGGGGCUUAUGACGGUUCCCUCAUUUUGAGAUGUGAAGCUACAGGGAAUCAAGCAGAGGGUCUUCUUGGUAGUGGCGCCCGCCCUGUGGAGCGCCCUCCCAUCAGAUGUCAAGGAAUAAACAUCUAUCUGACUUUUAGAAGACAUCUGAAGGCAGCUCUGUACAUCCUUUCAUUGUCCUUAAUGAUUAUAGCAAUAGUUCAUAUGUAUAUGUCGUUCUGUUGUGUUCUCAUGGUUCUUUUGCAAAUAAGCCUUCACAUUCCAGCCUUCACUUGCUCACACACAUUUCAACUUUUAAUUUUAUUUCUAUAAUUUCAGUUACAACACUACUAUGAAUUUAUACAUGCAAUGUAUUUUUCCGCAUUUCAUUUCCCUCUGAUCUCACUUUUUACAUUCCCCCACCCCCAAAUAAAUUUGUGUGUAUAUGUGUGUGUGCGCGCGCAACUGAGAAUAACAGUUAAAAUGGACUGUAAUCUGUGCUUUAAGGUGCCAAAGGGUCCUUUAAUUUUUUUAUCACCAAGUUGCAGCUUGCUUCUGCUGUGUAGCAAGCAACUUCUAAACUGAGGAGAAUUUUUACAACAUGUUAUGAUUCAGUGUGAGGCACACGUAGUGCUCUCCCUUCACUGGGAUACCAAACUUCAAGGGACUGUCUUGUUUAGGCACAUUGGAAACAUGCUUUUCUGUGUUAAAAGUGGUUUGUUUAGGUGUUGCUAUCUUUGUUCUUGAAGUUUAGCCCUUCCUGUCUCUCUGUGAUUGCUUUUUCUCCCCCACAAUUUUUAGUCUGCUAUUAAGUUAUGCUUGCAUAAGAUGAAAGCAUAAAUAUAAUAGGGAGAUUAAUUUUAUGCAUGAUUUUGGAGAAUUUGGAGCCUUUUCCAAGUGCUACAGCUUGCACGGUUUAUGGAUGUGACAGUGAUGCUUUGGAAUUCCUAGGGAGACAUACAUUGUCACUACUGUAUAUACCUUAUAAUGCCCGGUGAAGACCUGAAUCCUUAAAUAUGCCUUUGGAGAAAGCUCAGUUGAGAAAUCUGUUUUGUUUACUGAUUCUAUUAUUAUAAUAUUUGAUAAUGUUCUUUCACAUUGGAUUGAUUUGUAACUCAAAGCUGCUAACAGCUUAGAGCUCCUUAAUGAAGGUAAGAUAGGAUAGAUUUUUUUAAAAAACAAACAAACAGAUGAUUACUGAAUAUCCUGAAGCUAUUGAUUUCUAUUUAGCCACAAGUAUAACCUUUUUUGGGGAAAGAUUUGGAAAUAUGGAAUCAUUUUCUUCAUUGCAGGGCAGUGCAAAUAUUCAGACCACUUCACACAAGUCAGCAACACUUGGCUCCUGUGCCACCUCUUCCAGAGACAGGAGGAAAAGUCCGCCAUGGAAUAUUCCCUGAAGAAAUUUUCCAAUUCUUGUACCCUAAAACAGGAGUCACAGGUUAGCAUGCCUGCAUGAGUAAACUUUGUGAAAGCCAGCUCUUAGUAAGAAACUUAUAUUUCAAAAGUAUUACUUAAUAUUUUUAUAUCCAAUUUUUGAACUGAAGUCCACAAAUCACUGAACAGAGAAGGUGCCUCUGCUAAUGAUGAGGUUACACAUUAUCUUCUGAAGUAUGUUGUGUUGAUAACAACUUACAGCCAGCAUAAGGAAAGGUACCUCAGAAUAGAUGUGUGCCUUUAGAAAUUUGCGUUGCAUUUCCUAUUUCAACUAAAAUUGUGUUUAUCACUCAUUUUGUCUUUAUUUUGAGCAAUAAAUGUAAUCUCUAUUUAGAACAGUGGCUGUCACAGAAAUGGCUGACAUUCCAAAAGGGAGCUGUAGUACAUAUGUCCAAGUUUAUCUCUCCUUCCUUCCCUUAUAUUUCUCUAAAAAAGAAGAGUGUGUUAAAAGGUGAUAAUGCAAGUAUCAUAAAUUUAAAUUAGUUAUUAGAUUGUAAUGUGAUUUUGAAAGAAGUAGCACCUCUGAUAACUUAGUUAGGGCUUUUGUUUUCUUGUUUGUGUGUCACAGUUCAAGGGCAACUGAGUUAUUUCCCCUGACAGAUCUCAUGUUCAGGGAGGGUAGCAUAUUCAAUAUUAAGGCAAAUUUCCUUUAUACUGAAUGUCUCUAUCGUCUUGUGUAAUGGUAUUGAUUUGCUUGCUUUUAGGCCCCUAUAUGCUUGGGACUGGGCUUCUGCUCUAUAUGCUCUCUAAGGAACUUUACGUAGUUAACCAUGAAACAAUAGCUGGAGGUGUUAUGGUGGGAAUUCUCAUCUACAUAAUUAAGAAGUACGGUCCAAAUGUAGCAGCUAUUGCUGACAAACUCAAUGAGGUAAGACAGCACGUUUAUUGCUACUCAGUAAAAGAGUUCACAUGUUAAAAUAAUUUUUUAAAAAAGGAUACGGCUCAGUAUACUAUAUAUAGGAUGCUGUCAGUCAAAAUGUGAGUCAUGUCUUUUCCUUGUAAAUAAUGUGAUCAACUAAGGAGUAGCUCCCAGUUCAGCACCAUACCAUCCCUCCACCAUGCAGUCCUAUGCCUCUUUACUGAAAGGUAAGCCCCACUGAUUUCCAUGUGGCUUGCUCUCACUAUGCAUAGGAAUGCAGUUUUAUUGUAAUAUAAUUGCAGUUUUUAGUGCAGUUCAACACUCCUUCAUUAUUUUGUAGCCUCAUCACUCAUGUGCUAUGGUAAUAACCACAGUAAUAAUCAUAUGCAGUCUCAAGACAUCCGGAGAGAUUGAGUUUUCUAAUGUUCAGUACAGUGAUAACUUGGUUCUCGAAAUCUGGGAGUCCAUUCAGCUCCCGAAACUGUUUGAAAACCAAGCUUCCUGCAUUUAAGCGGAAGCCACAUCGGACAUUCAGCUUCCAAAAAACGUUUGCAAACUGGAACACUUCUGGGUUUGCGGCAUUCGUGAGCUGAUUUGUUCAACAACUAAGCUGUUUAAGAACCAAGGUACCACUGUAUAAGUACCUCCCAAAUGAGUUAGAUAGUCGGUUUUCAUGCUGUUACUAGACAUGCUGUCCAAACUUGGCAUUCAGUGAUUACAAAUUAACUGAAUUAGAAGGAGGUCAUUUUAGAAGAGACUGGGCAGGUCUCAAUGUAUUAUUAUUUUUUCCUAUGCAAAUGGAGAAGAGGGUAUACUACACUUAAAAAUACUUCUCUGGAGUAGAAUUGCAUGUGUUUGCUUAUUUAUUUAUUUCAUUUAUGCCACACCUUUUUCUCCAAAGAGAUCAAGGUGUGGGAUACAUUUUCAUUCUCAUUUCAUGCCCACAGCAAUCCUGUAAGGCAUGUUAGGCUGAGAGGCAGUGAAUGAUUGGCCCAAAGUGAGCUUCAAGGCAAAGUGGGGAUUUGAACCCUGGUUUCACAGGUCCUAGUCCAGCACUCUAACCACUACACCACGUCUUGAAUCCUGCUAAUAUUCAAUAUAAUUGUUACCGUCAUAACAAUUACACAAUGGCUUUUUUUCAACAUCGCAUCAAGGGAAAAGUGCAUGAUGUGAGUGCAAAACUGGAUUUCUCUGAAGGUCAAACUAGCUUGUUUUUUAUUUCAGGAUGCUAUAGCACAAGCAACAGCCGUGAAAAAUGACAUGAUAGCUGAACACACUACGGCUAUUGAAGAGGAGAAGAAAGAGCAGUGGAGGGUGGAGGGUCGUCACUAUCUCUUUGAUACCAAGCGGGUACAGUAUUAAAAUAAAUACACAGUGUGCGAGAUCCAGGGCACCAUUGGCACAAGUCUGAGAGUUGACAUUGUUGCACAAGUUUAGUUGUCAGGGAGAAGGAGGAGAAGGAGAAUAAUAAUAAUAAUAAUAAUAAUAGGAUAUGUGCCAUGGAUUACAUCAGUCACUAAUGCAAGCCAUUCUUUGAAUUUGGCUGCUGCAGUAUAGCAAGAAUUAGGCUCCUACUAGUGCCAUGGGUGUUGUGUGAGUGGGUGCUGCAGUUGGUUGUCACCCACCGUUAUUGAAGAAGUAGUUCUUGUACAAUGUUUAAAUAGCAAACUUUUAAAAAUGUAAUAGUAGCUUUAACAUGCCUCUGAUGCUUUGGCUUGCUUUGCUUCACUACUGUCAGUCAUAGAAUUGUAGAGUUGCAGGGGGACCCAAGGGUCAUCAAGUCCAACCCCCUGCAAUGCAGGAAUCUCAGCUAAAGCAUCCAUGACAGGUUGCCACCCAACCUCUGCUUAAAAGCCUCCAAGGAAGGGGAGUCCACCACGUGUUGUGGGAGUCUGUUCCACUGUCAAACAGCUGUUGCUGUCAUAAAGUUCUUCCUGAUGUUUAGUUGGAAUCUCCUUUCUUGAAGUCAUUGGUUUGGGUCCUACCCUCCGCAGCAAGAGAAAACUAGCUUGCUCCAUCCUAUGAUAGCAGUUCUGGAGUUCUGAACAGAAAUAUUCUAAGUGCCUUUAAAAUAUAUCUCUGCCCAAUAUGAAAAAGAGAUGGUAAUUGCGGUAUCACUAGAAAUUUGUAAUAAUUUGUUCGACUAAAUUAGCUAUAACAUAUGCUAUUAACAUCAGGAUAUCAUGAUGAUGAGAUUUAUGAUUAAAACAUUUAGCGCUGUCAACAAAAAAUGGAAUUUCAACCUUUGUGAAUCAGGAUCAGUGACUUGUGCUGGCAAUCAUAUGCACAAUCAUAAGGGAGCAAGUUCCAUUGAAUUUAAUGGGACUUCUGUGUAGCGAUACCUAUCUCAUUUAGUUAGUUAAAAGUUAAAUAUUUCAGUAGAACACUAAGUGACUUAAAUCUUCAAACAGAAAGGAAUAUAUGAAAUCAAAUAUAAAUUACGCAUUCAUGUUUAUAGAAUAACACUCCAGUCAGAAUUAAAUUAUUGUUUGAAAAUGUAUUAGAGAAAAUGGAUGGUGAUGCACCUUUUAAUCCCCUACCCUAAACCAGUAUUUCCAGAUACAACAUGCUUUUUAUUUUGCAUUUUUAGGUAGCUUAGGGUUUCAAAGAUGAAGUACUGUCCAUGUACUGUGGUUAAGGAAUAAUUCAAAAAUAUCUAUCUGGGGAUUGAUUGAUAAACAUUAUUAGUGCAAAAAACCUGGAAAACAUUUAGGACAUGUAUUUCCUUGCUGUUUGUGGAACUGGAUCUUAAAUAAUGUCAGACAGUUGUGCUCUAAUCUGAAGAAUCAUACAAAAAUUCAAAUAUAAGUGGUACCAGACUCUAUAUAUGACUAGAGGCUAUUGGGGAAAAUAUAUUACAUAGAGUUAAAGGCAUGCUGGUAUAGUAUAUUCCACUUGGCCCUAUUAUAGUAACAGGCUGGCUAUAUGGUCUUGUGGGGAAAACUUUUUGUGGAACUUUCCUUAUGUUAAGUGUUAUAAAAAUAAGUAUUGCAUGUUAUAAACAAGAUGGAAAAGCUAGUGGUUAAGGUCUAAAUUUACUAACUAUAUGUGUGUUUGCAGGAUGCAGAUAAGAGGUAUUUUCUAAACUGUUCUUCAUGUAUUUUUUUGUUGUUGUUGAUUUAUAUCUGUAAAUUAUUUAAACGGAAGAAAUACAAGAUUUUGUGCACAUACCGCAUGUUCAUUUCGCAGAAAUACUGUAGUCAGAGUGCCCACAAUGGAAAAGUGAUUUCAUUUCUUGCUUUUCUAGAACAAUGUUGCUAUAAUGCUUGAGACAAACUACAGAGAGAGGCUGUUUACUGUAUACACAGAAGUGAAGAAGCGGCUGGAUUAUCAUGUGGCAAUACAGCAUCUCAAGCGGAAUAUGGAACAAAAUCACAUGAUCAACUGGGUUGAGCAAAACGUUAGGCAGAGUAUUACAGCCCAACAGGUACUUGGAGCAGGCUUCUCUAUAGGUUUCCCCUUGCAGUUACCUCCACAGUACAAAAUAAGUUUGUGCCUAACCUACUGGAGGGUUUGUGUGUCCCUAUGAUAUAAUUAAUGUUUAAGAUGCUGCACAUCUGUUUUUUCAAAGUUUCCAUUGGAAGAGAUUGAAAGAGCAGUGUCUUGGGGCACUGGGGUGGGGGAUCCGGGAACUUGUUGGAACUUAGCCAAAUAAUAGCCAGGCAUUUGAAUGGGAGAUGUAAAGACUAAUCUCAGUGUCUGCCUGUUCUCUAAAGAAAAGGGACAGAGGCGAAUCUUGUUCCUCGAUAACAGUCUAUGUGAGAACUGUACCAAUCAUAGGAUUGGUAGCUUUUUUGGACUGGGGAGGUUUAGGUGUGCAUUCAAAUCUUGUCAAACAUCGGGGUUGGUCCUUAAUUUAUUUUUUGCCUUUAUGCCUUUAUGGGCCCUAAAGCAUUAUUUUAAAAACAUGUAGCUGUGCUCUCAGCCUUUUUUGUGUGUGAUAUUAUGUCUAGGCUAAGUAGGUGACUGGGUCUCAAGCGUUUUAUUCCUGCACAAUUUUAAUAUUGAUUCUAAGGAAGGGACUAAAUACUGAGUUAUGAAAUAAUCAGUUAGGUAUAGCAUAUCGUUUCAGUGUGGUAUGAUUUCAAAUAAAAUUGCUCAUGUCAUUCUCCAUCAAGCUUUUUUCCUUCCAAUUUUCUUACAGCAUUCAUUUGUUUCUGUAUUGCAGGAGAAGGAGAGCAUUGCUAAGUGCAUCUUGGACCUGAAGGCAUUGUCAAAGUCUGCACAGGCAACUGUUUAAACACAAUUAUGACCUCUUAAACCAUAUGAUGGCAAAUCUUAAUUAAAGCAUAUAUACCUUUUUGUUGGGCUUUCUCU